GCCAUGACAGGGGAGAAGGGGCUCAUGGCUGACGUCAGCUGGAAGGUCCUAGAGCGGAGGGCCCGCUCCAAGCGUUCAGGGGAAUGAACUCUACUUGAACACAUUUAUUUGCAACAGUUCUUUCUCUAAGCAUAGUAUUUUCCCUUUCUCCACUCUUCUACUUCUUCUAAAAUGCAUGCUAUAAGAGUUUAACCGAAAAUUCCAGGUAGUUCACAAAAUGUAUUAAGGAUAUACUUCCUGAAUUCAGAACCUCCUUUUUCAGAUAUUGAACUGGUAUUAGCAGUAAUUAUUAAUAUCUAGUCAAUUAAAUAUUCAGAAUAAGUUAAUAGUAAGUGUCUACAAUUUUAGUCAUAUUGUAUAACAAUAAAAAUCAGAACCACAUUCAACUUUAUAUUAUCCCUAAAGUACUAAUCAUUUUAAAAUGUCAAAUCCCUUUAGUUCUAUAUGCUGUUUGCUGAAUAAAGUACUCUGGUGAAACAUUUAUUUGUUACAUUUUUACACAAAGUUUAUUUUUGUUACUUUUAAAAAAACCAAACACUACCAUACAAAGAAUUUGGCUUAAAAUAUGGACUAACCUUAACCUUAUAUAGAAUAAGUCAUAAUAAAACAAUCAUUGUUACAUAAUAGAAUAACAAACUCCACUGCACAUAUAGCAGUUAAUAAAUAAGUGAUUGUGUAAGUCUAGACCAAAAGUAAUUUUUGCAUGUGUGUCACAGAACUUUUUGUUAAUCUAAUGAAACCUAUAGUUUCUAAUGCAGAAAAUAAAAUAUAUAGGUUACAAAGGAAACCACUUAUAGUGGAAUGUAGUUAUUAAAAUAUAUAUUUUUUUAAAUUUCUCAAGCCCCAGACUAAGAACUCCUGCUUAAAUUCACCUGUAUAACUGAAAUGAAAGUAAUUUAUUUAUAUAAGGAAAAAGCAAAUUUGAGGGGGAAAUGAAGUAAGCCUAAAUUAUUCUGUUGCGUACUGUAUCUUAUUAAUAGCUACUAAUAUUGCUUUUAUUUAAUUUAAUACUGAUUGCAUCUAACCUUUACUAAACCACUUUGAAAAUUGCUGUAGUUUAGCCUGCAACAUAAAUGAUUAGAGGGAACGGUUUGAAAUGGACACUUCAGAAGAUCCAACAACCACCUCUGCCUGUGUUUUCUUAAGGUCUGGCUCAGUUUAUGAACCUCUUAAAAGUAUUAAUCUUCCAAGACCUGACAAUGAAACUCUGUGGGAUAAAUUGGAUCAUUAUUACAGAAUUGUCAAAUCAACGGUGCUGCUAUAUCAAAGUCCAACUACUGGUCUCUUCCCCACAAAAACUUGUGCUGAUGACCACAAGGCCAAAGUUCAAGACAGCCUUUACUGUGCUGCCAGUGCCUGGGCAUUAGCACUUGCAUAUAGGCGCAUUGAUGAUGACAAGGGAAGGACCCAUGAGCUGGAGCAUUCAGCUAUAAAAUGUAUGAGAGGAAUUCUCUACUGCUACAUGCGCCAGGCUGAUAAGGUUCAGCAAUUUAAACAAGAUCCCCGCCCAACAACAUGCCUCCAUUCUAUUUUCAAUGUACAUACAGGAGAUGAAGUCUUUUCCUAUGAGGAAUAUGGUCAUCUUCAGAUAAAUGCUGUGUCCCUAUAUCUUCUUUACCUUGUGGAAAUGAUUUCCUCAGGACUUCAGAUUAUCUACAACACUGAUGAGGUAGCAUUCAUUCAAAACCUGGUAUUUUGUGUAGAAAGAGUUUACCGUGUACCUGACUUUGGUAUCUGGGAAAGAGGAAGCAAAUACAAUAAUGGCAGCACAGAGCUACAUUCCAGCUCUGUGGGCUUAGCAAAAGCAGUUCUAGAAGCAAUUAAUGGAUUCAACCUCUUUGGCAACCAGGGAUGUUCUUGGUCUGUUAUAUUUGUGGAUCUUGAUGCCCAUAAUCGAAACAGACAGACUUUGUGUUCACUGCUUCCGAGAGAAUCCAGAUCUCAUAAUACCGAUGCUGCACUUCUCCCCUGCAUUAGUUAUCCUGCUUUUGCCCUCGAUGAUGAUGCUCUGUUCAGUCAAACACUUGACAAAAUUGUUAGAAAAUUAAAAGGAAAGUAUGGAUUCAAGCGUUUCUUGAGGGAUGGAUACAGAACUUCACUAGAAGAUCCAAACCGACGCUAUUAUAAGCCAGCUGAAAUUAAGCUCUUUGAUGGCAUUGAAUGUGAAUUUCCCAUUUUUUUCCUUUACAUGAUGAUUGAUGGAGUUUUUAGAGGAAAUCCUUCACAAGUAAAGGAAUACCAGGAUCUUCUCACUCCAGUCCUACAUCAGACAACAGAAGGAUAUCCUGUUGUACCAAAGUAUUAUUAUGUGCCAGCUGACUUUGUGGAAUCUGAGAAGAAAAAUCCUGGUAGUCAGAAGAGAUUUCCUAGUAACUGUGGGCGUGAUGGAAAAUUUUUCCUGUGGGGACAAGCUCUUUAUGUCAUUGCAAAACUUCUAGCUGAUGACUUAAUAAGUCCCAAAGACAUUGACCCAAUCCAUAGGUACAUCCCUCUACAGGAUCAGCGGAAUGUUAGCAUGAGAUUCUCUAAUCAGGGUCCAUUAGAAAAUGACUUAGUGGUUCAUGUAGCCCUGGUUGCAGAAAGUCAACGCCUACAAGUUUUUCUCAAUACAUAUGGUAUCCAAACACAGACUCCACAGCAGGUUGAGCCUAUUCAGAUAUGGCCUCAACAGGAACUUGUGAAGGCUUAUUUCCAUCUGGGAAUCAAUGAAAAAUUAGGACUAUCUGGAAGACCCGACAGGCCAAUUGGCUGCCUUGGCACUUCAAAGAUCUAUCGAAUCCUGGGAAAGACUGUGGUUUGUUAUCCCAUCAUCUUUGAUCUCAGUGAUUUUUACAUGUCUCAGGAUGUGUUAUUGCUGAUUGAUGAUAUUAAGAAUGCUUUGCAGUUUAUUAAACAAUAUUGGAAGAUGCAUGGCCGUCCACUGUUCCUUGUUCUCAUUCGGGAGGACAACAUAAGAGGCAGCCGGUUCAACCCCAUAUUAGAUAUGCUGGCAUCCUUUAAAAAAGGAAUGGUUGGAGGAGUGAAGGUUCAUGUUGAUCGACUACAGACAUUGAUAUCAGGAGCUGUUGUUGAACAACUUGACUUCCUAAGAAUCAGUGACACAGAAGAGCUUCCAGAAUUUAAGAGUUUUGAAGAGCUAGAACUCCCCAAGCAUUCUAAAGUCAAAAGACAAGCCAGUACUCCCAGUGCUCCUGAACUGGAACAGGAGCCAGACAUAUCAGUUGUGGAGUGGAAAAACAAAACAACCCAUGAAAUUCUUCAAAAAUUAAAUGACUGCAGUUGUCUGGCAAGCCAAGCCAUCUUAUUAGGUAUCCUGCUUAAAAGAGAAGGUCCUAAUUUCAUCACUAAGGAAGGUACUGUUUCUGAUCAUAUGGAGAGAGUCUAUAGAAGAGCUGGCAGCAAAAAACUUUGGUCGGUUGUGCGCUGCGCAGCGAGUCUUUUAAAUAAAGUAGUGGACAGCCUUGCUCCUUCAAUUACUAAUGUGUUAGUUCAGGGCAAACAGGUAACUCUGGGGGCUUUUGGGCACGAAGAAGAGGUGAUUUCUAAUCCUUUGUCUCCAGGAGUGAUUAAGAAUAUCAUCUAUUACAAGUGUAAUACACAUGAUGAAAGGGAAGCUGUUAUUCAGCAGGAACUUGUCAUUCAUAUUGGCUGGAUCAUAUCUAAUAAUCCUGAACUAUUCAGUGGCAUGCUGAAAAUACGAAUUGGGUGGAUUAUCCAUGCUAUGAAGUAUGAGCUACAGAUUCGUGGGGGGGACAUGCCGGCCUUGGACUUAUACCAACUGUCACCUAGUGAAGUUAAACAACUUCUCUUAGAUAUUCUCCAGCCUCAGCAGAAUGGAAGAUGUUGGCUGAACAGGCGUCAAAUUGAUGGAUCCUUAAAUAGAACACCCAUGGGCUUCUAUGACAGGGUGUGGCAGAUCCUAGAGAGAACACCCAAUGGUAUCAUUGUAGCUGGAAAGCAUUUGCCUCAGCAACCAACCCUGUCAGAUAUGACGAUGUAUGAAAUGAAUUUUUCCCUCUUGGUUGAAGACAUAUUGGGAAAUAUUGACCAGCCUGAAUACAGACAGAUCAUUGUAGAGCUAUUAAUGGUUGUAUCAAUUGUACUGGAAAGAAACCCUGAGCUAGAAUUUCAAGAUAAAGUGGAUCUGGAUAAACUAGUUAAAGAAGCAUUUAAUGAUUUUCAGAAAGACCAGAGCAUACUAAAGGAAGCUGAAAAACAGGAUGAUAUGACUUCCUUUUACAACACUCCACCAUUGGGGAAAAGAGGAACAUGCAGUUACUUGACAAAAGUUGUGAUGAGCCUGUUGCUGGAAGGAGAAGUCAAGCCAAGUAGUGAUGACCCCUGUAUAGUUAGCUAA